AUGAGAAUUCCUACAGAGCACUUUUCUCAUGUGCCCGUUGUUGCGUUGAGCCCAAGCAUGCUAUCUCCUACUGAACCCGAUGAUUCCUUAUCACGCUCCCUCGCCAUGAAGCUUCUGCCUGACGGGGUUGGAAGUGCCCCAACUAGCCCUAAGCUUACCAGAUCGGCACCUCCUUCCCAGAUGUCAACCAGUCUCAUAUCAGAAGGGCCUAUUUCACUACCUCCUUCCAGUCCAUCUUACGCACCAUCAGACAAGUGGCGUGUCGCAAGAGCCCGCGCUAUGGGAAGGCAGAAAGCUGAGAAAUUAAAAGGAUUGCAGAUGACUGUAUGCCAUGACUGCAAAGCUAUGGUCUUACAAAUAAUUAAAUCUUCUCGCACAACCCGCAAUAAUGCUAUAAGAAACCUGACCCUAGACCUUUCUCCUGUUUAUUAA